AUGCUGUCACCCCUCUGGCAUAGUGCCUACUGGCCUAUGUUGUGCCUACGGGGCUAUUACUGCCUACGGGGCUAUUACUGCCUACGGGGCUAUUAUCUGCCUACGGGGCUAUUACUGCCUACGGGGCUAUUAUCUGCCUACGGGGCUAUUACUGCCUACGGGACUAUUAUCUGCCUACGGGGCUAUUACUGCCUACGGGGCUAUUAUCUGCCUACGGGGCUAUUACUGCCUACGGGGCUAUUUACUGCCUACGGGGCUAUUACUGCCUACGGGGCUAUUACCUGCCUACGGGGCUAUUACUGCCUACGGGGCUAUUACUGCCUACGGGGCUAUUACCUGCCUACGGGGCUAUUUACUGCCUACGGGGCUAUUACUGCCUACGGGGCUAUUACCUGCCUACGGGGCUAUUUACUGCCUACGAGGCUAUUUCCAGAUGGUGGCUGA